GGAGGGUUUGCUGUAGGCUUUAGAUUCAGAUAAAACACCUAACAGUGCCGUUUAAUUUCUAUAAUUUAGAGAAUGAGCGAUUUACAAGUAAAUCCGCUGCAAAAAUGCCUUUUUCCUGAUGUCUUACUUGGAGAUGUUUCUUAUGAUGAUUUUUAAGAUGAGGUGGAUUAUUUACCCCUGGUGUUUGUACAUAUAGGGGUUACAUAAGGAAUUCUAUUCAGGCUUCAAGACAUAAGGAAUUCUAUUCAGGCUUCAGUAGUUUCAUCCGCACACUGGUGCUGAAAUCAAUCUUUAUUAUAACAGGGAGAUUUUCUGGAAUAAAAUGGGAAGCACUGUGAUGGAUUCAAAGAAGACUGAUGGCAAGAAGAAAUGUACAAGAAAAAGGACGCUUCGGUUAAACAUGCCUGACCUGGGCUUGUUUGCCAUGCCCUUCCUGGAGGGUGACGAUGACACACACAAUAGCAAGGAUGCUACACGUAAGGGGGAGAUCAGUUGCCACUCAGCUAGCCCAACUAAAGGAUUUUUCAGCAGGGGUCCAUUUAGCCGGCCCUCGAGCCCCAUGUCUGCUCCAGCAAGGUCCAAAACCAGCCCGGGGUCACCAAGAACCAUCUUCCCCUAUCCUUUACAUCAAGAGUCCCCACCUAAAUCACCACGCCGCCUCAGCUUUUCUGGAAUCUUCCGCUCAUCCUCCAAGGACUCCUCUUGUACCUCCCUGUCCACUUCCUCUUCUGCCUCUCCUGUCAGUAUUAAACUCUUCUCCCGUGCCAGGAAAGCAUCUGGGAUCUCUUCACCGCCCACCACUCCUACACAACUGACCAAACCCUCACCACCAUUUCCUCUGGAGGAAAACCGCGAUCUUCCUAUGCAUCAGGAGGAACGGUUGCGCUCACUGUCUUCUCCCCCAGACACGGGCCAGCACUUCAGCAUGCCCUCAGCCAAGCCACCUCUCACCGCUUUCUCUGCACCUGUCACUACCUCAAGCAUGGUUCGCGGUCUGUCUGAAGGCAUGCUGGAGAAACUUGAUCUCGAAGAUGAAGUUGUCGAAGAGUCUGAAAGUGAUAUUUACAUGCGCUUUAUGAAGUCCCACAAGUGCUAUGACAUUGUCCCCACUAGUUCCAAGCUGGUGGUGUUUGACACAACGCUACAAGUUAAGAAGGCUUUUUUUGCCUUGGUGGCUAAUGGAGUUCGAGCUGCGCCGUUGUGGGAGACGAAGAAGCAGAGUUUUGUUGGAAUGCUAACAAUCACAGACUUCAUCAAUAUACUUCACAGAUACUACAAGUCCCCCAUGGUGCAGAUCUAUGAGCUGGAGGAGCAUAAGAUUGAAACUUGGAGAGAGCUCUAUUUACAAGAAACCUUUAAACCAUUAGUCAACAUAUCACCAGAUGCAAGCAUAUUUGACGCUGUAUAUUCGCUAAUCAAGAACAAGAUACACCGCUUGCCCGUUAUCGACCCCGUCAGUGGGAACGCACUUUAUAUCCUCACACACAAGAGGAUCCUCAAGUUCCUGCAGCUCUUCGUGUGUGAGAUGCCAAAGCCUGCCUUUAUGAAGAAGACCCUGGAAGAACUGGGCAUCGGGACGUACAGCAACAUCGCCUUCAUUCACCCCGACACGCCGAUAAUCAAAGCACUGAGCAUCUUUGUAGAGAGGAGGGUUUCAGCUCUGCCCGUGGUAGACGAGUCCGGGAAAGUUGUAGACAUUUAUUCCAAGUUUGAUGUCAUUAAUCUUGCUGCUGAAAAGACCUACAAUAACCUGGACAUUAGCGUGACUCAGGCUUUGAUGCAUCGCUCCCAGUACUUUGAGGGUGUCAUGAAGUGCAACAGACUGGAGACGCUGGAGACAAUAGUGGACAGGAUAGUCAAAGCUGAGGUGCACAGGCUGGUGGUGGUAGACGAGGCCGGCUGCAUCGUGGGUAUUGUGUCUCUAUCAGACAUCCUGCAGGCCCUGGUCCUCACUCCAGCAGGUCUGACCAGGAAGGAGAGUGAGGUAGCUGAGUGAUGCACUUCAGGACUACUAAAUUCUGUCAUGCUGCUGGAAGAGGAAGCAGGAAGUAGAUUUGAAGCCGGAGUUUGUUCUGAUUUUGCAGCCCACUGAGGGCUGGCAGAAGAAGGAAAACGGUACAGGGGUGGAAACUGAAUGCUGCUGAAGGCCAAGCGAGGACAUGGAUUGAUGUUGGAAAGGAUAGAUGGGCUACAGGGGUGACAAGGUGGAACACCAAGAAUCUCUUUCUAACAGGGAUUCUGCUGAGCUCGGUGUCUAAAGCUCUUACUGCACGCUCAUCAUUACGACAUACGAAACAUCGCCAUCGGGUGUCUGUUCGUUGUAUUACACUCACUGGACUGUACCAUUAUCAUCAUCCUGAGGGGAUUCCUUUUAGUGACGAGCAAUUUAGUACUGGCUUUAAUAUAUAUAUAGAUAAUAUAAUUAUUAUUUUUUUUUUCCAUUUCAUUUUCACAUUGUUUAUAGCACAGCUUUGGCUUUUGAGUUUACUUGCACAUUUUUUUUGUUCGGUAUUAUUUUUAUCCUCCCUUUUAUUAUUAAUCAUCUCCCAUCUUUCUUUAAAUGGUGCCUUCUGUCCACCAGUUGUUGCCCAUUAUGGAUGGCCAAGGAACAGCGAAUGUUCAACUGAAACAAAAUGAAUGUCAGUGUAUCUGAAAACCAAAAUGUUUGGAAUAUGUUGUCAGUUAUUUUAAUAGAUUUAAGUUUAUAUAUCUAUAUUGUAGAUAUAUUUUUUUUCUGUUGAAAGGUUUUAUUUCAAUAAGAUGUUUUUGGAAUGAUGCUGUAAACUUAGAUUAAACAUUUUAUUUAUUUGUACUUUAAUAUUUGUUUUAAUUUUUUUAAACGUCAAGUGGGAUGGAAAAAUACGUUCAGCCCCUAUGCAUUAAAAUAACGUAAUGACUUAUGAGUGCAAUUUCAAAAUGCAGCCGCUACCUACAAGCAGUUAUUUUUUCCUCUACAGGGAAACCGGAGGCCUGCAACGAAACCCCUCGUACUCCCUAUCAGUUGUACUGUACAUAGAAAGAGCUUGUGAGAUCUCUACAAAGUGCCAGAGAAAGGUCUAUUUUUCUGUGCAUUCAGUGUAUGUUUGUAAUAUUAAAGAUUUUCCUUUGCAGGUCUCAUUAUAUUAUGUGGCUGUGUUGAUGGAAAAGGUCACUGAUGAAACAUUAUGUCCACUGACGAAAUGUAUAUCACUGGCAUGAAGAUAAUACUACAAUGGUUAAACAUUGUGGGUUGAUUUUAUUUUUCCAUUUUGCAGUUUGGAAAACAAUAAAUCAUGCUACUGAACCUUUGAA